CUAUCAAUUAUCCUCCCAAUUGUCAGUCACACUUCAUAAGGCGUCUUCAAAAGCAGGAAAAAAUAAUUUCACUACUAAUAAAGUGCAAAAUAUUGUGGAAAAUUUGUAAAAUAUAGUAUAUUUUAAUCUUUAGUGUAUUAUCAAAGUUAUAUUUGUGCUAAUUGGUAGUUAAAAUGUUAAAACACCAUAAUAAAAACAAGUGAAAAGUAUAAUUUUUCACAUUUUUGCAAAGCCGAUACAAUGAAGUGGUCGCGCAUUGUGCAAAAGGGGGCGCAACUAACAGAAAACACCAGAAGCCUUUUGGCGCUAGGUGUGGGUAGUAGUGCGGCUGUUAGUGUUAAGCUUAAGAGUAAUUGUGGCAAAGGCGGCAAUUUUGCUGUGGGCCACUUUAUUGCUGGUUGUUGUUUUUUUAUUCGGACUUUUGUUUUGCUCGCGGUAGCUGCGGUAUUUUUGUUUACAAUUGACAGCGUCAAUGCCGCCGCCGCUAGUUCAUUGAAGGCGCCACUGGAAGCGGAUAGUGGGACAGUGGGUGGGCGACACCAACACCAACAUCAUCAACAUCAACACGCCGCGGUAAAUGCUGAGCGUUUGCAUGAGCAUGAACACGAGGAGAAGGGCUAUUGUGCGCCGUACAAUGGUUUAAUUUGUAAGCAAUAUAUAAGCGGACAGGUAUGGUAUAGUCGUGAAGAUCCGACGGGCGGUUGGAAGAAUGAGCAAAUAACAACCGCAUUGUGGGAGGAAUUAAUUGCAGACCUGACGGGAUUAUGUCGCCAAGCGGCAGAGAAAAUGUUAUGCGCCUACGCAUUCCCGCAUUGUCAAACAGAAAAUGGACGUACAAUAAAGGUGCCGCUAUGCUAUGAGGAUUGCACAGCGACGCAUCUGCAAUUUUGCUACAACGAUUGGGUGUUGAUUGAGGAGAAGAAGGAGCGUAAUAUGUUUCUUAAGAGUCGUGGACAUUUCCGUUUACCAAACUGUGGCGUGCUACCAAGACAUAAUGCCACAACGAAGAAACCGAAUUGCUCGUAUAUUGGAUUAACUGAACUCAAGGAAGCUGAAGUGAGCUACGAUUGUCGCAAUGGCAACGGCCGUUACUACCUCGGCACCGCGAAUGUAACAAAAUCGGGUCUGCCAUGUCAACGUUGGGAUGUACAACAUCCACACAAACAUAUCCAACCGCCACAGGUGUUUCCACAAAUAGCUAAUGGUGAGAAUUACUGUCGCAACGCCGGCGGUGAAGAACCCUUUCCGUGGUGUUACACGCUUGAUGAGUCGGUGCGUUGGCAGCAUUGUGAUAUACCGCUCUGCCCCGACUACAUUGACCUCACUGCCAAAGAUCUCAAUGCACCCAUAAAAAUGGAGACUUUCUUCACACCAUCCAUGAUCUUCCUACUCGCCGGCAUCGGUUUCAUUGGCAUUGUGGCGUUGCAUUUGAUUAUUUUACUCGUACAUAAAAUUUCCAAACACAAAGAGUUCACGUCGCAACAACAACGCCAACAAGUACCAACUUCCGAGUGCAAUGUGUCGGUGCGCGGCCGUGGCGACUGCAAUUUGACAGAGAGCAGAGAAACUUUAGGUUCGAAUAAUGCCGUGGCGAUAAGCAACAAGUGUGGCACCAUUAAAAGUACAGCAACAGUGCAUAGCGCAGCGGAGCCGAAAACAAAUUUAAACACCAAAUUGGAGAAACUCGAGUAUCCACGUGGCGAUAUUGUCUAUGUGCGUUCGUUGGGGCAAGGCGCUUUCGGGCGUGUGUUUCAGGCGAAAGCACCUGGACUUGUGCCAGGCAAUGAUGACUAUCUGGUCGCCGUGAAAAUGUUAAAAGACGAUGCUAGCGAUCAAAUGCAAAUGGAUUUCGAACGUGAGGCCUGCCUUCUGGCCGAAUUCGAUCACGCCAAUAUUGUUAAACUGCUCGGUGUAUGCGCGUUGGGGCGCCCCAUGUGUCUGCUCUUCGAAUUCAUGUCACCCGGUGAUUUGAGUGAAUACUUACGCGCCUGUUCACCCUAUGCCACACAUCAAAUACAACAACGCAACCGGCAAGAAUUGAAUGAGGGUCACUUACUGCAAAUAGCGGCACAAAUUGCCGCUGGCAUGGUUUAUUUGUCCGAGCGUAAAUUCGUGCAUCGCGAUUUGGCCACACGCAAUUGUCUAAUCAACGAACAGAUGGAAGUGAAAAUUGCCGAUUUCGGUUUAUCACAUAAAAUCUACUUGCAGGACUACUACAAAGGUGAUGAGAACGAUGUUAUACCGAUACGUUGGAUGCCACUCGAGAGUAUAUUGUAUAAUAAAUUCUCCAUUGAAUCGGAUGUCUGGGCUUAUGGCAUAUGCUUGUGGGAGAUAUUCUCGUUCGCAUUGCAACCCUACUUUGGGCUCACGCACGAAGAGGUGAUUAAGUUCAUCAAAGAGGGUAAUGUGCUCAGCUGUCCGGACAAUACGCCGCUCUCGGUGUAUGCUUUGAUGCGUCGCUGCUGGAAUCGUAAACCGAAUGAACGUCCAAGUUUUGCGGAAAUCAAUCAUUGCAUACAACACAGUUUGGUCGAGUAUGAAUGCAAGACGAUGAUGUAGGGAAGUGUAGUGGGGUAAAGCGAGUGAAGUGCUAAAUGCAACUGGCCAUAUACGUACAUACAUCCAUACAUAUACAUAUAUACAAAGAAAUAUUGUAGCAUAAGUGAAAAUGAAAAACACUUCCGUUCGUACAUACUCAGCAGUGGUUGGUGUAAAAGCUAAGUUUAUAAGAUAUAGCAAUAGUUUCGCAGAAAAAUUAAUUGUGUAACAACAACAAUAAGCAUGCAGCACAAAUUAUGCAUUUAUAUUUAGUAUUUAAAUAAUAAUACUUACGAAAAAGUACUCAGACAAGUUGUGUUCAGGCAAUAAUUUAUAUAGUUGUGUGCAACGGUUGCAGUCCAGCUAAACAAGUUUCCUUACUUUUAUAUAUAUUUUUAUUAAAUAAAUAUACUCAGUAAUAUAUUGUAAGAUAAAAUUCAUUUCUCUUCGAUUUUCAAUAAACUUUUCAU